CAUCGCUGCUGCCAUUCCGGACUGGCUCCUCCCCUCUCCCAAGGCACUGUGGCUCCGAGCGAAUGUCUACUCUAUGCACCCUGUGACCGUGAACUGGCCUUUCGUUUCCAUACGCACUGUCGUGGCUGCCUUCCACUCGCUCCCUCUGCCUUUCUGCCUGACAAGAUCCUGCCCUCUCCGUUCGGCAUCUCGAAGCCCAAAGCCACUGCCCAUCGCCUUGGCCCACCUGCCUCCAGCAACGCCGUUUAUCCUGUGCCGAUCCGUGGAGCCCCUCCAGCUGCUCGUAUUCCUGGGCCCUUAUCCCGCUGACCUGAACAUUGUGGCGUCCGGCUCUUCCUCCCUCCACAACGUCCCUCCACGCUCGUCGCCUCCCUCCCUCCUGGAUUCCUGAGCUCUGUUUAUAUCCUCCCCCCAAUGACAGCUCCCGAUAACGCCUCGGUCUUUGACGACUUUUCCUCAGACACGGAUCUCACGUCCGUUGGCGACGACGAUGACGAUUCGGAUCAGUCCUCCAAUUCCUCCCCUUCCUUGUCCCCACAGCGGGCACCCGAAUCGCAUCCUUCCCCAACUAGCCCUCCCUCCCCAACCUCCUUCGAGCCGCAGGCCGUGUCCUCUGUGUCUCUUGCAUCGGCCGUCCCCGAUCCCACAGAAGACGAUCCUCCACCAAAUGUAUCGUAUGCACUCCCCGGCUUGGCCAGCCGUAACCCUGGUCGCGGUCUCGAUUGCUCCCCAGCUUCCGACAUGAACUCCUCUGAGGACCCGGCUUUCCCAUCCGACGAUAACUCUUCAGACGACGACGACUCCCAAAUGCAGCUGAUUCCCAUGUGCGAGGAUCCAUCCCCAAGCCACCUCAGCGAGGUGCAUCGGCCAAGCUUUCGCAACUCGGCCUUGUUCAGCAACGUUCCGUUGGAAGACAAUGACGACUUUACCGAAGAGGGCGAGGCCCGCGAGUCAGGUCUCCAAGACACCGAAGAUCUCUCUGACGUCCCGCCAAGCUCCGAGUCGGACUCGGAUCGAGAAUCGAGUCAUCUGUCGGAACUCGAUCACCCCGACUUGGCCGAGCCGCUAUCGCAGAUCGUAGGGCCAUACUCUUCGAGCCAUUUGCGAGAGGCGUCCUCAACCCACACCGAGGCUCGAGAUCCGCCUGCUCGUUCUGGGGCGGGUUCGCCGCGGGAUGCUGGUCAGCCCUCAGACCACACCUUGGACGACUCACCGGAUCAUUCCUUGGACCACCAUGAGCUCUAUGGCUCGGCGGCUUCCUCCGAGCAGACGCCUGGCCGACCGGACCUCACCAGCCCAUCAAUGCACAAAGGCAACCGAUACACCAGCGAUGCCCUCUCGGCAGCAGUUCUGACACACUUUGAAAAUGCUCCUCGGCCUCAGUCGGCGUCGUCAACGCAAAUGUCGCUGACGCCAGUCGAAUCCGAGUCCGAGGAGCCCACCGACGACAAUGGUGACGAAGAGGAUGACGAAGACGAUGACGAUGACCGGGACGACGAGGACGCUGCCGCUCCGCCUGCAGGCAAUUCGCGUUCCUUGGGUCCAGGCAUGCGCACACGCCAAACGGCGGCACAAAGCGGGGUCGGAACGGCCUUAUCGCCAAGUCAAGGCGAGAGCGAUGUGGACCACGAAGAAGAGUCUCUGCAUGGCGAGCCUGAAGAUGACACCGACCUGGAGGCCCUUCGGCAAGAGGCGAUCAAGGAGCUCACUCGAAUAGAGGAGUAUUUUGUUCUCUUUAGAGAGAAAUGGUAUCGGGAACAGAUGGAUCAUCUCGAGCGUGAAUAUGCCGAGGUCGAAAGUGGCGAGCAUCCGCAACUCAUCAAAGACCUGAAGCUCCUGGAAUCUCAUCGAGAGAAUCGAAUGAUGGUCGCCAAAGCCCAACAGGACCAGAUUCAGCUCUCCACCGAAAAACAGUAUCAAUGUGCCAUAGUUCAAGCCGAUUGCACUUUCAAUUAUUACCGAGCUCGGACACGACAGGAACUGAUACACGACAUCAUGCUACGGAAGCACAUACUGCAUCAAGACAAGCGAAAACUAGACUGCCCGGAUUCAGUUUCGUUUUCCUGGUCUGCACCCGACCGAUCGUUGCUCAACAAAAGGCGGAAAACCAUCAAGGCUGAGCUUUCGGAAUUGAUGACCAUCCGCGAGCAAGGUGGAUUUCCUGCCUGCGGCAUUCCCGGACUCUCCAAGGCUGAUAUCCAAGAGGACCUCGAGGCGCUUGGGAUCUUGCGGCCAUCUGAACGAGACCGGACCAACCCACGAUCGAAUCGGUCAAAAGGAGCGACGACAGAGAAGGAGGCCGACUCGGGGGUGAAGUAUGCCAACGGUAGUGGCCCAGCAGCACUGGGGCCACUCGUGGCAGCGCCGGUUCGGAUCGAAGGCGAAAUCCUUCUCAUCAAUGAAAGCCAGUAUCGCAAAGGCGACCGUGUAAACAUCCAGGACUCCAAUACCACCAAGUUCCUUGCCAAGCUCGUUGCGGUUAACGACGCCGAGCUCACGUUUCAGCGGACAGACGGAUCAAGGACUCGGAUUCCACUUACGAGUCUCAUCGAUGGGAAGACGACGCUGACCCCAAAGAUAUGACGAUAUGCUCGUACACUCCCGCUCUCCUCAACACUGCCUAUCCCGAAGGCGACAGAACCUGCACCAUCACAAGCGGCCCAGAUUUCGCCUCCGCUGCUUGUGCCUUGCGCCUUUGGUAAGGCCGAAGCUGCCUGCUGGUCCUUGCGGUUGCCGCAUACCCGAAUAUGAGGGCUUAUGGAAGCGACAUGGGGCCUUGGUGAUACAUCCUCUGAUCGAAAGGAUGCAAUCGAAAACAGGAUUCAUGGCUAUCGCAUGGCUUGUCGGCGAAGGUCUGAAUACACAUUCUCUUGCCCAUGAAGACCAUCCACAGUAGCCUCGGAGCUUUUAUCGCUGGGCUAUCCCGUUUGAGUUGAUGACACACGCACAACGAGAUGGAGAUCGAUCCGAGACCGAGCGUCAAAGGAUCGAGUUCGCUGCCG